AAAACGGGUACAGCGAAGCGAAGCGACAAGGAGCCAAAAACAAACCCAAGCUAGCGGAGUUAUUCGUUUAUUUAUAUUUAUUUCUUGUAAAAAGUAUUAUUUUGCAAUGAAUUUUCAAUUUGUUAUACCGUGUUCAAACUCUGAGUUGUUAAAUUCAGAAGGGGACAAUUACUAUGUUAAACAUGUCUAUUCCCCCAAUGAUAUUCCAGAUCAAUUAAGAGAAUGUAGAAAAGCUAUUACUAAUGGUGGAGAUCCUUUUUACAUAUUUGACAAUUUCGACACGUUCUUUUCGGUUUUGGAAAAUGCCGCAACAACACAGGUUAUUUAUCUUAUGAGGACCUUCGACUUGCUUUUUGUAACUGCCGAUAAAAUGGGACAAAAAUUAUCGCAGUUCUUGGCAACCACUGAUGCAGUCCCUGGAGCACCUGAUCGGAAUGCUUAUUUGAAUCUUAUAAAAAUGACGAUGUACCUUUUUGUUAAUACAGUCAAAGCUAUUGAUCAAGUGAUUGUUCAAGCCGGGAACAUGAAAAAAGGAAAAAAGAAUGGUCCUGAUCUUGAAUCUCAUCCAGAUUGGGAACAAAAGAGAUAUAAGUUUCUGGUGCAAAUAUUCAAUUUGAUGCAGUUACCCUUGGAACGCUUGUGGAAUCCACCAAUACCGGAGGAGGCAUUUGUUAACCUACUCACAGACAUUUCCUAUCGUACGCUUGAAAUGCAAACCUCAGCGACUCGGGAAAAGCAUUUAAGUGAUACAUUGUUUCAAAUUUUUGGUACUGCAAUUAAGCGUUUUAAUCACGCCAUAACAUUUCCUGUGCGUAUUCUACAAAUCUUAAGAACUUGUGAGAACGCUGCAGCUCCCAUCGCUAACGGCAUACACCUUUUGCACGAAGACUAUGGCAUAUCGACCAUAUUCUCUGUUCUUAUCCGAGACAUUGUUGAAUCGUUGACUGUUGAGUCGGCAGACACAGCGAUCUCUAGAAAUUUUUCAAAUUUUCUUACCGAAUUGAGUUGCACAUCGCCUAAAAUGAUGAUUCCCCAUUUAUCAACACUGAGCGAAGAGCUAUUGAAUUGUGAAUCACACGUGCUCCGUAAUUGUAUAUUACAAAUAAUGGGUGAAGCCAUAAUCGGUGAACUGACUUCGGAAGAGUUGACCGAAGAUUUGAAAGAAGCGCGAGAUGAAUUUUUGGAGAAUCUACUGCUUCACAUAAACGACGUUUCGGCGCAUGUUCGUGCUAAAGUUUUACAAAUCUGGACCCAUAUGAAGGAGGAAAACGCUGUGCCUCUGUCAUUUCAGCAUAAAGUCCUCAGUGAAACGGUUGAUCGUUUGGAGGAUAAAACUUCCAGUGUUAGAAAGAAUGCAGUGAUUUUAAUUAAAUCGUUUCUUGAGCGAAAUCCAUUUGCAGCUAAGCUAACUUUGCAAGAAUUAAUUAAGAAACAUGAAGAAGAAUGUGCCAAAAUGGAGCAACUCAGUGAAGUUUUGGCCGAGGAACGAAAAAAAGCUGAAAAAUUGGACGAGGAAUGGAAUACGAUAAUACCAGAGCUGUUUCCGUUUGUCGAAGAAAAUCUUGUUCAAUGUACUCAAGAAUCACACGAGACUCAAGAAAAUUAUGAAGAUCUUGUUUCCAGAAUUUCAGGAUUAUUGAUUGAGAAGAAAUAUAAAGAUGCUGUCGGGCUUGUGAGGAAAGCUGAUUUUGUGGCUGGCAAUUCUGAAUUAAGGCAUAGUCUAAAACUAGAAGAACAGUGUGCGUACUACAUAGCUCUACUUAAAUCGUAUAUGUUUUUGGCAAACGGAUGUAGUGACAGUAACGAAGAGUUUGGAACACAAAUAAAAACGGUUCAAUUUCUUCAAGAUUCCAUUGAAUUCUCAAAGGUUAUCACAAAAGCAGUGCCAAAAAUCCAAGAGAUGCUACUUUCAAAGACAAACAGUGAUGUGUUCGAAGCAGUUGAUCUUUUCACAACUGGAUACCUUUUCGGUAUCAAAGGAACAGAGUGUGGAAUGCGCCGCAUGUUGUACUUGGUGUGGUCAAGUGAUAAAGAAAAACGGGAUGCUGUUUCAAACGCCUACAAAAAAGUUCUGUUUACCACCGACGAGACAGGAAGAGCUCACGCGAUUAAGGCUGUUCAAAAUCUGUGUAGAUUCUUUGACGAUUUACUCUACGGACACUAUACUGCAAUGGAGUGUUUAGUGCGAGAAUGGGUACUAAGUGACGAUAUUGAUUCUGUUAUUAUUCAAGUCCUCUUUGAGCGAUUUACCUUGAAACUCGAAAACACAACCGAAAACGAAUCUCGCCAGGCAUUGCAACUGCUUAUAAUGGCUUCCAAUGCCAAAUCCUCCAUUGCAUCGUCGAACAUUCCCACCAUCGAAACGAUAUUGCUGAGUGAUCGGUCUAAAAAAGAUCCCCGCCUCUAUACCGGUUGUUUGGAGUUCCUUUUGAAUUCAGUUGAUCAAUCGACUAACUCAAAAUACUACAAACGGAUGGAAGCCGACAAUCCUCUCGUCCAGAAUGUUGUAACGUACUUCCAAAAGUUCUUCUUCCAUCCACGAGUUCCAGACUUUGACAAAUUGACAAUGAAAACGAUUGAAUUUUUCUACCAUCUGUGUCAGCAACCUGAUAUCAUUUCACAAAACAUAGUUGUUGAAUUGUCGCGUAAAUUCAAAGAAUUUGUAAUCAAGGUAGAUGAAUUGCGUGCCACACAAUUUUCCCAGGUUUCCGAUAGCCAGCAAAGUGGCACUGAAGAGCCGAAUGCUGUGAAAAUGCGAAUGCCAACAUUCUUACUAUCUCGCUUUAUGUUCCUCAUCGGGCACAUGACAAUGAAAGAGAUGAUAUUCCUCGAUAUUGAUGUGUAUAAUAAUAUGAAAUUCCGACAAGAACUCACGGAGGAAAAGAAAAAUGCCAAAAAGAAAAACGCUGCUUUCAAUCAGAAUAAAAGAAAAACCAAUCAUAACAUGUCCGCAACCGAAUCUCUGAAGAGACUUUCGGGAACUACUGCUGAGCCCCAACAGGAGCCUGACGAUGAUCUUGUUGGAGCAACUGCAGAAGACAGCAUUGCAGAACUUAUUAAUCACAUAUGCGAAGAUGUCAUUUUGUAUGAUGAAAAGAGUCUUUUGGCCAAAAUGGUGCCGUAUGUGACGGAAAUCUGCAAAUAUCCUUCGAAGUAUAAAGAUUUGCAUUUGCAGCAGGCAGCCACGUUGACUCUCAUUCGUUUUAUGUCGGUUUCGUCGAAGUUUUGCGAGACUCGAAUGCCUUUUCUGAUGAACAUUCUGAACUGCACAAAGAACACCAAAAUCAAGUGCAACAUUGUUGUAGGCCUUUCCGAUCUUACUUUCCGUUUCCCAAACGCUAUUGAACCAUGGACCGGUCACUUCUAUUCAACGCUACAUGAAUCUAACGAUGAGAUUCGACUGACCGCCGUUAAGAUGCUAAGUCACUUGAUUCUGCACGAAAUGAUCCGAGUUAAGGGUCAGAUAGCCGACUUGGCCAUGUGUAUUGUUGAUCCACAUGACGAAAUCAAGGAUAUAACUCAACAAUUCUUCAAAGAAAUAGCAAAUAAAUCGAAUAUCCUAUAUAACGUACUACCUGACAUAAUUUCCAAACUAAGCGACACCAACAUAAACAUCGAAGAGGAGAAAUAUCGAAUUAUAAUGCGAUACAUCUUAGGACUCAUUCAAAAAGACCGACAAGUCGAGAGUUUGGUUGAAAAGUUGUGUCUUCGAUUCAAAGUAACAACUGAGGAGAGGCAGUGGCGCGACAUUUCCUUCUGCUUAAGUUUAUUGAAUUACAACGAAAAAACCAUUAAGAAACUAAUUGACAACAUUCAACAGUUUAAGGACAAAGUUCAGGUUGAUGAGGUGUAUCAAGCUUUUAAGACGAUUAUUACAAAUACCUCGAAAAUGGCGAAGCCGGAGCUUAAAGCCAUAAUAACAGAAUUCGAGAGUCGCCUUAAUGAAUGCCUUGAGGUAAGAGAUGAUAUUGCCGACCCAAAUUUGAGUGAAAACGCCGAAAGUCGGGGAGCGGAAGCCACCAAUGCUAACAGAAAAGUAAAUAGGAAAGAAACAAAAAAGAAACAGCCUAAAAAGGGAGGUCGCAAAAAAGUUCAAGAAGAAUCAGAAAGUGAAGAAAGUUCUGCGGAAACGACGUCUUCGGAGGAAGAACGUAGACCAGCACCAAGUUCAUCAAAGCCCACACAAUCUUCAUCGAAACAAAAAUCAAGACGGUCCAUACGGGUAAUUGAAGAAUCCAAUAGUUCAGAUGAAGAGCAAAUUCCACAGAGAAAAAAGGGGCGUAACAGAAAAUGAUAUCACACAGUUGUUAAGAUUUUGAAAAUAAGCUUACAAAUUGUGAUUUCAAAAUUACCUAAAAAUAAUAAACUGGACAACAUUGUGUUUAA